GACCCUUCAGGCACCUUCUUACCUAGAACAUAUCCCCAAAUCCAACUCCAUUGCAACUCCCAGCGAGGCCAUUGACAGCCACCGACUUGUAUACAAACCGCGCCAAGACGCCAUUCCCGAUCGGGCCGCGUGAAUCCGGCCGCGAAGAAUCGCCGCGGAGAGCAAGUCGGCGCAUCCAGUUCGCCCUUCUUCCUCUACACUUUUUCUCCCUCUGCACUUGAUCCUCAGGCACGACAAUGAGUCAACCCUUGAGGAGAGGCGUCGGGGUCCUCCCUUCGACCCGUGCCCUUUCUCUCCGGGCGCGACAAGGGGCGCCGUUGCUGCACCGCGCAUGGCAGUCCAGAGGCCUUCAAAUUCGCGCUGCCCCCGCGGAACAGCCUGCGUCGGGCAAUGGUGAUAAUCUGCCCGUGGCUGGGCCGCCUAGCUCGGCAGAGUCGAGAGAUGCUCGGUUCGAUGUCAUCGGCGCACCGCACUCCCUCCUAUCUGUCUCGCUAUCCCCCUCGCAGAACCUGUACACCCGACGAGGAACCUUGGUUGGAUUAAGCGGGAAGGCCGAUAAUGUAGUUUCAUCGUUGAGCAUACUGGAACCCUUCCGACGCGCAGCUGUCGGGAUCCCGUUCUUGUAUCAGAAGGUGUCCUCCGCUAGCCCGGUGACGGCCUUGAUCUCCGUGCGAUCUCCGGUUACGUCUUUUGCCGUUGUCCACCUUAACGGUGCGGAGGAUUGGAUGGUGGCUCAGAGACGGGCGCUGCUUGCUUGGACGGGUCGUUCUCUCUCCGUCAAGCCGACUAUCAACACGAGCCUGAGCGUGGCUCACUGGGGUAGCUCCGAGGUUACCGGCAGAGGUCUGCUGGCCCUUGUCGGCACGGGUCAGGUGUAUUCCAUUGAGCUGAAAGAAGGAGAGCAAUACAUUGUGCACCCGAGUAACGUCGUGGCGUACACCAUGUCCUCCAACCCCCCUCGUCCCUACCGCUUCAAAUCCACGACCCUGAAAUUCCAAGUCCCCGGCCUCAAGAGCCUGCCACGACUCAUCCAAGACUCCAAGUUCGUCCGAGACGUCUCGGAUUCGAAAGCGUGGAAAACCACAAUGAGCUAUCUGCACAAGCUCCGGACGUGGUCGCGAAUGACCAUCUGGGGAGAUAGACUCUUCCUCCAAUUCGACGGUCCCACAACUAUCCUGCUCCAAACCCGCGGUCCCCGUAUCAACGAAAUCCUCUCUUCCAAGGAAGUCAACGAGAUCGCCGACGCGCCGCGAGGCCUAACCCUGGGUCCCGCGCAACCCGCCGAAGAAAAGGGGACGAAGACGUCGUCGCCGUCGUCCGAAGACGUAGAGUUUCGCAAGACGGCCGAAAAGGCAGUCAAUGCCGCGCCUGACGCGCCUACCAGGACGGUAGAAGAACUGGAAAUGGAAAUCAAGGGCACGGGACAGAAGAUUGCGCAACUUACUAAGGACGGACAGGUGAUUUUCACUAAGCCAGAGUCGGAGCAGAAGAACUAAAUACCAAAUGUUGUAUUGAUUUGAUUACGGUUGUUUUUGCUGUCGUCGUUGUCGUCGUCGUCCAUUUUUCUAUCCCGCCCAUGUGUUAGGUGAAAGAGCGAAUUGCUCGUUCCCUCUUCGAAAUCAUUGAAUUGCAGGCUCGAUGUACUGUAUUAUAGACAAGUUUGUGUGUUUUGAGCACAGCCGACUCUGUUUGACAUGGAAAUUUCUUUUAUGCUGCC